AUGAGCCUGUCGCGCUCUGUGCUGGGCGCCUCGCGCGACGGCUUUGGCCGUGCUAUGCCAUCGCGCAUGAUUACAAGGAACUACAUGCAGGACCUCACUAUCAAGCACAAAACCGGCAUGCCCCAGGUCACGUCGGGUCCCUAUGGUCUGGGCCGCAACUCCGUCACAGGCAGUAUUGCUACUGUGUUUGGAGCCACUGGCUUCCUUGGCCGCUACUUGGUUAGCAAACUGGCUAAGGCAGGAACCCAGGUCGUGGUGCCUUAUCGUGACGAGGACGAGAAGCGGCAUCUCAAGUUGCUUGGCGACCUGGGCCAAGUUGUUCCUCUGGUGCGUAUUCCUUUCUGA